CUUGAGGCAGAGAACUAGAUACACGUGUAAUAAUAUGUGGUAUGUGAAAAUCUGAGAUUCGCAAAGGAUAAGGAAGAAGUUCCAGUUGAGCCGAAGGAAGAACGAAAUUUCAAUCUUCUUGAUUAGCUUUGAAAUGGAUAUUCACACACACAUUUCAAUACCCACAACUUUUAUAUCCCAUCGUUUCUCUUCACCAACCCAAACUUUAUCAUCCUCUUCUUUCCAUUCCUAUUUCCCCUUCAAAUUUGUAGUAUGUUCCAAAAGGGACGAUCAAUCUCAAACAAACGCCGAUAACAAUGGUGAUAAAUCAUCAACGGAUUGGGACAAGGCAUGGUCAAACUUCAAGAAGCAGGGAAAAAAAACUCUCUUCUCAAAUUUUUCUCCAAAUAAAUAUGUGAGCUGGAAUCCUAGGCGUUCAGAUUUUCCACUUUCUGAAGAGGUUGAUCCUAUCAAGAGAACAGAAAGAUCAAACCUUAAGUUCUGGACUAGUCCUACUUUUACUUUAGGUGGGGCACUUAUUAUUCUCAUAGUUCUUUUGUUGUACACCCUUCAAGCACCAAUCAACAAGUAAUUUAACUAUAGAAUUUGGAAGUGUCAAAGUAUUUGUCUCAUACAAAAUGCAUAUUAUUGUAAUUGAUGGCUUCUCCUGUUUCUAUUCCUGUUCUAUUGCUUCUUCCACUUGAGUCCUUGACACAAUUUCUGUCCUCGGACUUGUUAUUCUCUUUUCAUACAUUAUGCUAAUAAUUAGUGUUUGUUUACAUA